AUGGAGAUCGUCUCGCAAUCAACAACCCUCCCCCGUUCGCCUCCCUCAUCCGACCCAUCCUCGCCCACGCUCCGUCCAAAGCUCACAACCCUCGGCAUCGACUUCACCCGCGCCUUCGCAGACCUCGCCCUAGCCGAAGACCCGGACCCGCUCCCGGCACCCGCGCGCUCGUUCGCAAACGAAAACGACUCGGAGUGCUGCGGUGGCGGCUGCUGCCAGACCGGAAGCUCGCCCGCCGUCUCCACCCCCGGAACGCCUGGCGGGCCGCCUUCGGCUCUUGCCUCUGUUGUUUUUCCUGACGGCAACCGCGCAUUUGAUUCCCUUGCGCUGCCGUUGCUCAAGAUCUCUCGCUCAGCUAGACUGUUGGGCGUCACCCCGCUUCCCGAAAAGACCGUCUCUAUAGUCUCUGACGAGAUCACGCCGUCCUCCUCCGCCACCCACACCAGCAGCAACCUCUCCCCGCCCUCCUACCUCAAACCCCACCCCCCAUACGACGUCCACAGCGUGCCGAUAAUAACAGCCAGACCACUCACCGCUCUCGACGCGAUCAAGCGCACCUACCACUUUGACCUCGACGUCUCCUCCUACCCCGACGAAAUCGCCGGCGUCGACUUCCGCGUCGGCGGCGCCGUCGGCGUGUGCCCGCGCAACGACCAGACGCUCGUCGACGAGAUCCUAGAGCGCCUCGGUGUUCCUGCCGAGAGGCGCGACGCGCCUGUCAAACUGUGCACCACCGGCGGCCGGUGGCCAACGAUCUGGGGCGAAGACGAGCCGCGCACGCUGACUACCACCCUCCGCGACAUCCUCAGCUGGACCGUCGACGUCAACAACGGCGUGCUGUCUAAGAACCUCAUCCGCGUGCUGGCCGAGUACGCGAGCGACUACAGCGAACGGAUGAUUUUGUCCUGGCUGUGCAGCAAGCAGGGCCAGUCGACGUUCUGCAACCUCCGCUCGGCGCCGUAUCCGCCCACUUUACUCCAGCUCCUGCUCGCUUUCCCGUCCUCGCUUCCGCCUGUCGACCACCUCGUGUGCGUACUCCCCACACUCAUGCCCAGAUUCUACAGUCUCUCGUCCGACCCCGUCGACAACUUCGUCUCUCCCGACAUCGACUCGUCGUCCUCGGCCGCGCCGAUCCGCCGCAUCGAAAUCGCCGUGACCGUGCACGAAGCCCCCGAGGACUGGCGCGCCGAGCCCCGCAUGCGCGCAGGAAACUGCACCGCGUUCCUCGAGUCCCUCGCGCACGCGAAAAUGCGCGGCGAGAAAGGGAUCUCGAUCCCGGUCUUUAGAGGCCUGCAGGCCAACCCGCUCGCCAAGGAGUUCCGCGCCGACGGGCCGAUGCUGCUGAUUGGCGCCGGCGUCGGCGUCGCGCCGUUCAGAGGCUUUGUCCAGCGCCGGCUUAAGAGCGCGAAUUGCAAGAAUAAAGUUUGGGUUUUGCAAGGGUGCCGCGAUUCGCUUGUCGAUGAGCUCUACGCAGGCGAGUGGGGCGUCGACGGCGACGACGUGCGCAAAGUAGUCGAGUCCCGCCGCGGCACAAAGAAAUACGUGCAAGACGAAGUCGUGAUGCAGGCCGACCUCGUCUGGUCCGUCAUCUCGCACCCGGACGGCCGCAUCUUUGUCUGUGGCUCGUCCAAGGGUAUGGGCGAGGGGGUCGAGGCCGCGCUGGUGAAUGUCGCGAUGGAGAAAGGUGGGAUGACGAAGGAUGAGGCGGCGGCGUUUUGGAAGGAGAAGUCGAGGACUUGGCAGUACGUUACCGAGACGUGGUAG